GUUCUCUUCGACGCUGCAUCCGGAUCGAGCUGGAACGAGCAUCCUUCGCUGCUAAGCAUCAUUCAUAGAUAAAAUGGGGCGCAGGAAGUCAAAGAGAAAGCCACCGCCCAAGAAGAAAAUGACGGGCAACCUGGACACCCAGUUCACCUGUCCAUUCUGCAACCACGAGAAAUCUUGUGAUGUCAAAAUGGAACGAACACGCAACACAGGGAUCAUAUCAUGCAGUGUCUGUUUGGAGGAGUUCCAGACUCCUAUAACAUAUCUUUCCGAACCUGUUGAUGUUUACAGCGACUGGAUCGACGCCUGCGAAGCAGCUAACCAGUAGUAAACUCUUCCCAGCGAACCUCCUCCGUCACCUGGAUCUGGUCCCAGUCGAGCAGUUUUUGUCACCACUUUGUAUCCAAACAGUUUUCUUCUCAAGUGUCACGGUCUUAGUUUUACUGACACUGAUGUUGACGCGUUCCUCUGGCUGGGUCAGAGUGUUGUCAUUUUGGCAGAAGCCUGUCUGCAUCCCAGUUCUCAAUGUUAAUGUUUUAAUUAUGUCAGCAAUCUUUUUGUGUUGUCAUGGACCAAAUUGUCAUCCAAGACUUUAGAAUGUACCAGUUAUUUCCAGCUGUGUCCUAAACCUAAUCGUUGUCCUCUAAUAGAUACUUUUGGAUUUCUAGAGAGAGAGAGAAAGGUUUUUACUGUAUCAUGUAACAGAUGCACUUAAAAUGUUAGUUUUUCUUAAAUCAUUGUGUACUGCUAAAACCAUAACCGUCUUUUUUGUUGUUGUGAUUUUUCUUUUUCAUGCACACGUUGAAUAAAUAAUGAAAUAAAGAAGUCACAGUCGCCAAUUUUAAGUGUUUUAUUGCACAAAUGUCAUGUUCAGUGAAAGGCAUGG